AUGGCCGAGCCCCGGCCCAAGCGGCCGUGCCUCGCGAAGCUGAGGAUUGGGUUCGUCGUGGGCAAGGAGGACGGCGAUCUCGUGAGGGCGCCGGGCCUCCCGACGCAGCACCACCGCGCGCCCGAGGAGAACGAGGUCCUGCCCAAGGGCGGCGGCCCGCUCUGCCACUCCGACGUGGCCCUCUGGUGGUGGGCGCGCACCCACUACGAUCAGUCGGUCGAGUGUGAUUUAAUUGAGGGCCCCGGCGAGGUCACGCGCGAGCGCCUCGUGAAGAACGACGUCAAUUUGCUGCUGGGCUGGGACGCGGUGUCGGCGCACCUCGAGGAGUUUGAUGGCUCUGGUGGCUUCGAGGCGGGCCAUGGCGACCGCAUGGCGGCGUUACUCCGGGACCCGCGGUGUAAAGUGUUCCCGCCGGCCGCGCUGCAGGAUCUAUGUAACGCGAAGGGGAAUUACGUGAAAGCGUGCGCCUCCCAGAACGUGCCGACGGCGCCGACGGUGGUCUACGAUUGUGCGUCCAUCGAAGACGGCGCGCAGUUCGCGAUCGACGCCGCCGCUAAGCAAGGCUGGAAGAAGUUCGUCGUCAAGCCCUCGCCGUCGUCGUGGUCGCGCGGCGUCGAGGCCUUCCUCACGAAGAGCGCCCAGGUCAACCCGCAGCGCGUCGAGAAGUACUUUCGGGAGAACGAGCCCUCCGCGAAGUCGAUACUCGUGCAGCGGCACCUCGGCGGCCUCGCGCGGCUGCCGGAGACGCGGUGCUUCUUCGUCGGCGGCGAGUUCGCCUACGCGGUCGCGAACUCGACGCAUUCUCCUGGAAAGAAGUUCGACCUGACGUCGUGCCCCGAGAGCGCGUCGUCGCGGGACCUGCCGGCCAAGUACUGGCGGCCCCACGCGGCGCUCGCGAAGCGCGUCCUGGACGAGGUCCUGCCGCCUUUGUAUUCAUUCGACGGAAGGCGCAACCUCUGCGCGGAGCGCUACGCCUGGCCCGUGCGCGUCGACGUCGGCACGCACGCGCGGGCCGACCUCGACGGCCUCGCGGAGCCGUCCGAGUCGCGCAAGCAGACCUGCUUCGUGAACGAGGUCGAGAUCGUGCCGACGCUCUACCUCGCCGCGAAGUUCGGUCACCGGCGGCCGCGCGUCGUCGACGAAGUCGCGCGGCGGCGGCUUUUGGGAGGGCGGCUGCUUGCCGUUGAAGGUCCGCUGCUGUGGAGACGGUUGCUGCUGGCGCGGCGGGCUCGCCGGCUGCUGGCGCGGCGGGCUCGCCGGCUGCUGGCGCGGCGGGCUGUCGUCGAAGAGGAAGUUCUGCGCGAGGCCGUCGCCCAUCGUCUCGCUCAUUAUUGCUCUGUACGCUUCGUCCUUCUCGAGGAAGUCAUCCAACUCGAAGGAGCCCGGCGAGUUCGACCGCGAGGCCUUGGACCGGGCCGGCGACGGCGGCUUGUCGCUGAGCGGCGCCUCGCGGACCUCGUCGUCGCGCGGGUACGGGUCCAGGGGCGGGCCCGAGCCGUGCAUUUUGUUGUGCGUUGUAUCGGCGAGCUGUCGGGGCUUUUGUUUUUGUUCCGUGGCGUCCGCGUCCGUUCGCCCGGCGGCGUUUUGGGCGGCGCCCGGGCUGGCUGGGUUUACUACGCUCGCGGCGGCUGGCUUCGGCGGCCAGCCGUCCCACGGCUUCGUCGCGAGAGCGCGAGCGGCCAACGGCGUCAGGGCGUCGUCUGGGGGCCCGCGUGUGUCGCUUGCUUAUGGAGGCUGUAGCUCCCGCUUGGGUGACUGGGGUAUGCUCACUUACCCCGCCAGGGCCCCAAAGAGGCAGUAA